AUGCCUCCCAGACUGUCCUUCUUGCCUGCGGUCACCGCGCCCUCCGCCUUACUCCGUCGUCUGGCACGACCUCUCUCCACAUCACCCGCCCUUAGCCAAUCCAAACCCAACUCCGCCUUCGACAUUCUCACCCUCGACGAGCGACCUGCUCCCGGAAACAAUGCUGAACGCGUUCAGAAUCUCGUUCGCGGCGGCAAGUUCGCCCAGAGCGAGGCACAAUUAGCUCGCAAGCGUUUCGAGCUACAACAGCUGCGCGAGCGCAAGACGAGCGACGAUUAUAUGAAACAGAUGCCGCGAAAGUGGCGUACCGGCGAUGUCUACGCGCCGCACGACAUGAACCCUCACCAACUGGCUAGAUGGAAGAAGAGGACAGCUCCUAAGCACGAUGUGACGGAUUUGCUGUCGCUGAACCCUUUGGACAUGUACAAGGUUUGUUGCCUCAGCUCCAUUGGCAGCAGAAAAAGGCGCAAGGCUGACAAUGACCAGAACUUCUCCAUGAUUUCGGAGUACAUGACCUCUUUUGGUCAGAUCAAGAACUCAAGGGACACUGGUUUGCGUCCACGAAACCAGAGGAGGAUGGCCAAGGCAAUCCGCAGAGUCAUCGGUAUGGGCAUUCACCCCAGUGUUCAUUUCCACCCUGAGAUCAUCAUGAAGCGAUUGCAAGGCGGCCAGAAGUGGUAG